AUGAUAAUGAUGCAAACAGAUAAUGAAAACACGAUACGUUUGGAGGCAGUUGAACCUGUAUUUCUGCCAGACGUAUUUGUGAUUUUUACCAUUACUAGUGACAGUAGUACUAGUGACAGUAGUACUAGCGACAGUAGUACUAGCGACAGUAGUACUAGCGACAGUAGUACUAGCGACAGUAGUACUAGCGACAGUAGUACUAGCGACAGUAGUACUAGCGACAGUAGUACUAGCGACAGUAGUACUAGCGACAGUAGUACUAGUGACAGUAGUACUAGUGACAGUAGUACUAGCAACAGUAGUACUAGUGACAGUAGUACUAGUGACAGUAGUACUAGUGACAGUAGUACUAGUGACAGUAGUACUAGCGACAGUAGUACUAGCGACAGUAGUACUAGUGACAGUAGUACUAGCGACAGUAGUACUAGCGACAGUAGUACUAGCGACAGUAGUACUAGCGACAGUAGUACUAGCGACAGUAGUACUAGCGACAGUAGUACUAGCGACAGUAGUACUAGCGACAGUAGUACUAGCGACAGUAGUACUAGCAACAGUAGUACUAGCAACAGUAGUACUAACAACAGUAGUACUAACAAUAGUAGCAGCAACAGAUGA